GAGGACCUCACGCACCUCUUCGACGAGCAGGGCAUCGACCGGGACCUGUACGAGUCUGACGUGUCGUUCGAGGAUCCGCUCACGAAGUACGACAACAUCGACGGCUACCUCUUCAACAUCGGCAUGCUCAAGAACGUGUUCACACCGACGUACACCAUGCACGCCAUCGAGCAGACGGGCGAUUGGGAGCUGAGCACGCGCUGGACCAUGGAGAUGAACCUGCCCGAGUUCCCCUUCGUCUGGCGGCCCAAGCUGACGUUCACGGGCACGUCGGUCAUGGGGAUCAACCCGGCGACCAUGAAAGUCAGGACCCACUUCGACACGUGGGACGCCAUCGACACCCAGGGCUUCUUCCUCAAGUCGAGGUCCCCGGAGGGCGUGCGUGAGGUCUUCCAGCAGAUCUUCGACUUCACCAAGCAGCCCGACUUGGAGACCCCCCGGUACCAGGUGCUCCGCCGAUACGCCGCCUACGAGGUCAGGGAGUACCUCCCGUUCCUCGUCGCGGAGACGAGGACCGCCGCGGAGGGCGCAUCGCGCGCGGCGGCGGGCGGCAUGACCGGUACCGGCGACGGCUCCAACUUUAACCCUUUCGGGACGCUCGCUGGGUACAUCUUCGGCCAAGGAAACCGCACGGGGGAGAAGAUGUCGAUGACGACGCCCGUGUUCACGUCGCCGGGAAAGAUGCAGUUCGUGCUGCCGUCCAAGUACACGGACCCGUCGCAGCUCCCGCCGCCCAAGGACGGCGUGCCGGUGAGGGUGACGAGGGUGGAAGGGGGAGUCUACGCAGCGUUGAGGUUCAGCGGCAUCGCGACGGAUGCCGUCGCGAGCGACGCCGAGGCUCGUCUGCUGGAUUUGAUCGAAAGAGACGGGCUGACCCGCGCGAGCGGCGUCGCGAGCAGCCUCGCGCAGUACAACGACCCGGCGACGCCGCCGCCGCAGCGGAGGAACGACGUGCUGGUGAGGCUGGAGGGGUUC